AUGGUGCAACUCCUUUAUUUUGUAGCGAAGGGUCAUGCUCUCACUCUGUCAUACAUCGUGGAGACGGUGGGUCAGGCAAGAGCGAUGAAAGCAGACUUUCAUGGUUGCACUCCAGCACACAAUGCCGCAGCGGUUACAAACUGCUUGGUGCUGUUUCAGUUUCGUAUACGGGAAUUUAUGCUACAUGCUAAUAUUGAGAUGGUUGACUUCAUGAGUAGUCGGUCAACGAUAUUUAGACGGCGAGAAAUCGUUUACAGUGAGGAAUAUGAUUUUCUCGGUUCCGGAGGGUUUGGUAUCGCCUAUCGAUGUCGGUUGGCGAAGUCUAGGGAACUAGCGGCGGUCAAAGUUCUCAAAAUGCGACACAGACUGCGGCAAACGGAAGAAAAGACUUUCGUUCGGGAGGCAAGCAUAUUACAACAGCUUGUUGAUUGCCCGUAUAUCAUUCGUUUCUUGGGCCUGUGCAUCGACCCUGGACAUUAUGCGAUUGUUAUGGAAUAUGUGGAGUUUGGAGAUUUGGAGAACAUGUUACUUUCUGGAGUAGACGACCAUCCGGUCUUGAAGCAAUGGAGGUGUCGCAUUUGCAUGGCUCUAGAACUUGCCAAAGGGAUGGACUAUUUACACAGUCUGCAACCACCGAUUAUUCACAGAGACUUGAAGACAACGAAUGUGUUGGUGGGUCAAAACUACCACUGUAAAAUCAUUGAUUUUGGGCUGGCCACAAUUCGAGAUAUUUCAACACAAUCAACAGGAAACACCAUGGAAGGAACGUUAGCAUUUACUGCACCUGAAAUAUUUAGUAGAACAGUUAAGAAGGAGAAGGAAAAGAAAGUUGACGUUUACGGAUAUGCAAUGAUUCUUUGGCAGUUGAAGGAAAUGAAGACACUCUAUGCUGGUGAGUUACCUUCCGUCAUACGAGUCAAUGUUCUGGCUGGUCAGAGGCCUUUACUAAGUGAUGACGACUGUGUAGAGGGAUAUAGAGAGAUCAUUGUACGUUGCUGGGAUGGACAACCUGACUGCAGACUACACUUCAAAGAGAUCGUAACUAUGAUGGAUGGAAUCAUGAGCAAAAUUGGCACGGCAGCAUUGACGCCAUCGCCUGAUGGAGAUGCUACAGCAUUUGGUAUCACUGCAUCAUUUGACAGUGCAGAUCUCAAGCUCCAAGCUAGUUUGCCGAUCGAGCCUAAGUCGUCCAGUCCAGCAAAUCUCGACGAUUUUGUGAGGGCAGCUGGUGAUGGCAAGCUACUACAGAUGAUUCGUCAGCUGAACGAUCUGAACCAGCAGGACUCCAACGGAGACGUAGCACUUUGCCAAGCUUCUAAAGGUGGACAUCAGGAUAUUUGCUUUAAGCUGGUGAUGGAGUACAAAGUAAAUGUCAACGCCAGAGACUCGCAGGGAAAAAGUCCUAUCCAUCACGCUGCAGCGGGCGGACACGACAAGGUCGUGGAGCUGUUCGUUCACAACGGAGCCACCGUUGACGUCAUAGACGACGAAGGGUGGAGUCCUCUACACCACGCGACUCAAAGCGGAAGUCUGAACUCUGUUCGAGCACUUCUUAGGAAAGGAGUACCGUUGAAUGCGCAAACUGCAAACGGAGAUACGGCAACGCACUUAGCAGUGCUAUCAAGCGAAUUCUCGCCUGACGUACUCAAAGAACUGAGUGUGUGGCCGGGAGUGAAAUUAGAUCUAAAGAACAAAGAAGGCGAGUCUGCACUAGAUGUGGCCAAGAGAACUGGAAACAGGCAAGCUGUCGAACAUCUUGAUACCUCAAGCUUGUGUGAAACACCAACUUUGAGCAAAAGACAAGAAAUCAUUCAAACUUCUGUGCAGUUGUCUGUUAGUAAAGGAAGCCGUCCUACUGCAGUACCUAGACGUAACAAGCCCACAAUAAAACCCCGGCUAGCCACUUGGAUUUCAAGUCCGGAGCGCAGAAACACUGUUGACGGAUCUCGUCUUUUGUCACCUGGCUCGUCUGACAUAUCAACGAGUCCAAGUCGUCAAAAGGCGAUGCUUCCUCUGGGACACGAAAGCGAGCUGAAACAACUUCGUGAUGGAUUAGAAAGAGCAGAAAAGACAAAUAAAGAGUUGCGUGAUCAGUUGGAAACACAACGAAAUGACUACCGUCUUUUAGAACAAAGCACUAGUGAGACCGAAAAUCAGCUGCAUAGUUUCCUAAACCCUCUUACAAUUAAACCUGACACAAUCAAAACUACGACAGAAAAACUUGGAGCUGGAUCAUAUGGAGGUGUAAAGGUUGUACGAUGGAAUGGUGUGCCAGUUGCAGCAAAAACUGUUCACGGUAUCAUAGUCAACUCGCGUAUUAGACGUCUCGUUCAACAAGAAAUCGAUAGCUGUUGUCGCAUUCGUCAUCCAAACAUUGUAACAGUGUUUGGGGCCGUCACAGACGACGAUAAGCCACCUCAACUGCUCAUGGAAAUAAUGGAAGGAUCUUUAAGCGCCGUGAUAAUGGCAGCUAGCGCAGACUACCUUACAAUGCGAGAGCAGGUAGACAUCAUGCAAGACUGCGCUGCGGGUAUCAACUACAUGCACUCGUUAACACCACCUCUUCUUCACGGUGAUAUUCGAUCAGAAAACGUACUCGUCACACCAAACAUGACAGCCAAGCUGGGCGAUCUCGGUGCUGCUCACAUUCAAAAUGCUUCCCAGUCUGCCGGACCUCUCAGCAUCAAUUAUCUUGCUCCAGAGAGACAUCCUGAUCCAGUAAGCGGUACCGCAAUUCACAACACUCCGGCGGCAGACAUGUUUAGUUUUGGAAUUCUGAAUAUUGAAAUAAUAACUGGUAGUGUACCUGGAUUAAAAGAGCGAUCGAAAGCUGUAAGGGGCAUUGGGCACGAUAGACUGCGGGCGAUGUGUCAGCAGAUGAUCGAAGAACGACCGCACACUCGUCCAGGUUGCACAAAUAUUCUACAGUUACUACUUGAGAUGACGCAGGCUACCCAAUACACUGAAUGUGAACCAAAGAGAAGAGUACAGAGAAAGCGUGAGAAAGGAGCAUAUUUGCUCCACUGAACAGCACUAAUAUGACCAAACAUAUAUGGCUUACUUAGACGUAAUUACAAUUGUCGAUCCUAUGUAAUUGUGCUGUAUCGAUCAUACUGCAUACAUAUUAUAGGUGUUCACUUCGCGAUUCCCAAGUUUGGAGGAUAAGUAUUAAUUAAAAUGUGAUAUUUUGAAAACACUU